AGCGUUUCCCUGUUUCUGUCCUUCACGUGCAAGUUACCAAGGAAAAUAACUGAUGCAGAAUCAGAAAUCUUCAAUGGAACCAACUGUCAAAAAUGGUGAGGUUAAGGCAGCUAACAACCAAGCCGACAAAAAGGUUGGAGAAGAAGAGGAAGAACUUGAAAGGUUAGCCAUGGAGGAGCUGAUAAAGGAAGCGAAGAGAGGAGCAGAAAGGGCCCGAGAUAUGGGGGCAACUGGAUGGUUAAAAGCUCCAAUUCCUCGUGCCAACAAAAGAUUCCUGAACAAUACAGUGGUCAGCACGUUAAGGAACCUUCGUAGUCCGGUUAAGAAAAAGCCUCAUCAGCAGACGGAUGGAAGUCACAUGGAUGAGACACGUUCUGCCAAAUCAGGUGAAAGGAAAUCUGACCUUGUGUGGAGAAAAUCCCGAUCCUCUGAACACAGACAUCAUCACUCAACGAAUGAUCAUACUCAUCCAGCGGGACAUAGGUCUGAAAUCCCUAAAUCAUCAAAAAGACACUCAGACAUGAGCGAAAGUCUCAAGAGAAAGAAAGACCAUAAGAGCAGGAGGCAUGAGCGCAAGCAUUCUCAUCGAAAGUCCAAAAAGAGGAAGGAGGAAAGGCUACAGUAAUACAUGUACAUGUAUUUGCCCCUUGUGUAACAGAUUCACUCUGUGGUCUGUGCUCUUUGGUUGAGAACUUUUAGUCAGCAUUUCACAUCAUCAUGUGUCCUCUUUUAUAUUUUUAUAGUAUUGACAAGUUCAUUGUGAUAAAAGUUUUGAUAUGUUCAUGUUUUAUUCUCCAAAUGAUGAUCAAGGCUGAUGGUUUUAGUUUUUUUUUUUCUGUUAUUUUACAUUUUGUAGAUAUAGAAUUUUAGUCAUCAGCAAUAUGUUAAAUUAUUGUUUUUAUCAGAAGUUAUUUGUGAACCUGGUAUGUCUCUGCUAAAGUCACAUUUAACACAGAUUUUAUGCAUGAACAUCUGAUAGAGUAUGUAAUUUAAUGUGAAGACAUACAUUUGUCAGCAUUAUUGAAA